GCGAGAGCGAAAGAUCAUUGGUGAGAGGCUGCGAUCAAUGGAGAUGUCGAGACGUUGGAAUACAUCAUUCCCCGUCGGGUUCAGGUUCGAUCCCAAAGACGAAGUGUUGGUGUCCUUUUAUCUAUGGCGGAAAAUACAGGGGCUGGAUCUACCGAAUGGUCCCAUCGUUGAAGCCGACGUCUACGCUCACGAACCAUGGUUUCUUCACCAUGGCCGUAAUGAUCCCGCGUACAUGACCUUGAAUAAUGACCGAUAUUUUUUUGUGAAGAGAGAGCCAGUAUCUAGAAACGGUAAUGGGAAGAGAAUCAAAAGGGAUAUAGAAGGGGAUGCUGAUGGAGGUUGGUGGAAGGCUAACACCGGAGACACUGAAAUUAGAGACUCAGAGGGCCACCUCGUGGGUUACAUGAAGUCGCUCACCUUCCUUAAAUACAAAAACAAAGAACGAAUCCGGAAAGAAGCAACCAAAACCGACUGGAUUAUGCACGAAUACAGGCUAGCUUCCAAUGCUCAGUUUCAAAGCUGGACUUUAUGUCGAAUAAGGUACCGUGGUCCGAGGACUGACCCAUCAAUAUCGGAACAAGCAUUUUCGGAUACGAGGAUCACUGAUAUUCCGUCAUCGGAACAAGCAUUUUCGGAUACGAGGAUCACUGAUAUUCCGUCAUCGGAACAAGCUGCUAAUUUUUCGGAAGUAUCAAUAUCGGAUCAAUUACAAGCACAAGAUGAAAUCGAUGCCAUUAUUAAUAUGCCCCCAGAUAACUUUCAAGCAUUCUUGGAGAGUCUUUUUGUACUUUGAGACAAGUCCAUGCAUUCUUGGCCUAGCCUGCGGCUUAAUUAAUUCACCAGUGGCAGAUCGAAUGCACCGU